AUGGCCGACGGUUCCGCGCCGCCGCACGCGCUUCCAGCCGCCGCUCCGGACGCUGCGGCCGACGCCGAUCUUGUGGAAUUUGCGUCUUCUCUGCUCGAAGCUACUGACGUCGACUCGGAGCUGCCGGUUGCCGCGCUGGACUUUGCGGCCCUCGACGCAGUCGACGCAGCGAUUCAUGCGCCGUCAGAACUCGCGUUCGAAUCGAUUGGACCGAGCGAUUCGUCGCUCGAGUUGCCGCUUGAUGCAGUGCUGAGGACAGAAAACCAAGUGGAAGAGGUCCAGAGUGCUGAGGACGCUCUUGGAACAGGUGCGAGGGACGACAUUCGAGUCCUCAUGUGGUUCCGACGCGAUCUUCGGCUUCACGACAAUCUCGCGCUUACGAAAGCGCUGGAAUUGGUCCGACAACAGCACGAAGAGGAAGAAGAACGGGAAGGAAAAGGAAAAGAAGAAGAGGAAAAAGAUGGCGAAACAGAGGGCAACAAGACGACGAAGCGGUCGAGGCGCAAUGUCGUGCUCAUUCCGCUCUACAUUGUGCACCGGCCGAAGAUCAUGUUGUGCGGCGUAAAUCGCUUCCAGUUCAUGCUGGAGAGCGUGUCGGACUUGGCAGACGCCUUAGCAGCUCGAGGAUCGAGGCUCGUGGUGGCACAAGGAGACGGCGUGAAAGUGCUGCGGCGGCUCUUGCCGGCGUGGCGCAUCACGCACCUCUUCUUCGACGCAGCGACGGAACCGUUUGCGAUCAAGCGGGACAAGCGCGUCGUGGAUUUGGCGACACGACUAGGUAUCGAGACAUAUUUGACGAACGGGUACUCACUGUACGACUUGGACGCAGUGAUUGCAGGAAAUGGAGGAAAACCACCCAAGACGUACACGGCCUUCCUCCGAGCAUUGACCAUGCAUCCGACGCCGCCCAAACCUCUGCCCACGCCAGUAAAAGUGCCUGCUCUUGCGUUCUUACCAAGUGAGUUGUACCAGCAAGUGUGCGACCACUGGAAGAAUCGUGGCAAGACUGAUACAGCAGUCGUGGUGCAGUCGAGUGAAAAGGAAAAAGAAGUUGAGGACGAGGAAGACGACCCUGAAGAAAUUGACAAAGAGUUGAAAGAGAUUGCGGGCUCGGAGCAGCAGUUCGCACUCCCUGAAGUGACCGACUUUGGCUACGAAGUGCCUGAGCGACACCCCUUCAUCUAUGGUGGUGAGCAGAUUGCGCUGAGCAUUCUGCGGGAUUACUGUCGCAAUGAAGGCCGCGUAGUGAAGUUCGAGAAGCCCAAGACGUCCCCCGCACAGACGACACCUUCCGCUUCGACAACGUCGCUGAGUCCAUUUUUGUACUUCGGUUGCAUCAGUCCGCGGACAUUCUUGCACCACGUUCGAGGCAUUCAAGAGCAACAUGCCAAGGCACUUUCCGCCACACCAGUGAGCCUGGAUGGACAGCUUUUGUGGCGAGAGUUCUUCCAUUGCCACGGCUAUGCGAAUCCGUAUUUCGACAAGAUGGAGGAAAGCCCCACUUGUCUGCAAAUUGACUGGCGGUGGCAUACGAUUCCAGGGAAACAAGAGGAUAUGACGGAUGACGACAAGCUUGCGCGCUCACAGUUCAAGGCGUGGAGAGAUGGCCAGACUGGUUUCCCGUGGAUCGAUGCCAUCAUGAUCCAACUCAACAAGGAAGGGUGGAUGCAUCAUUUAGCACGUCACUCGGUCGCGUGCUUCCUGACUCGCGGCGAUCUGUACAUUUCGUGGGUGCGUGGGCUUGAGGUUUUCCAGGAAUUGCUGAUCGACCAUGACUGGAGUAUCAAUGCCGGCAACUGGCUCUGGCUCAGCAGCAGCUAUUUCUUCAAAGCUUACUUCCGCGUCUACUCCCCGUCAACGUUUGGCAAGAACUGGGACCCUGAAGGUUUGUUCAUUCGCAAGUACGUACCGGCACUGAGCAAGAUGCCGGUCAAGUACAUCUACGAGCCUUGGAAAGCGCCAAUGACCGUCCAAUACGCUGCAGGCUGCCUCAUUGGGAAAGACUAUCCGUUCCCCAUUGUCGAUCACAAAAUCGCAGUGCGGCGGUGCAUGGCGGGCAUGAAGAAGUCAUAUGCCAUCGGUAAGUACGGGACGCCACCAGUGUCCGAGGCACCCACGAGCCCUACCAACAAACGUCCGCGUGAGAACUCUUCGAGUUCAUCCGAGACGUCUGACGACUCGGCGCAGUAG